CAUUACUCUUUUUUCUAAUCAGACAGAAAAGAAAAACGAGAAAAAAGAGUCCGAUUCAGAGAGAAGGAAGAAGGCGAGUAUAUAUCGAUCAGAGAAAUAAAGAAGGGAAUUGGGUCUUCUAAUUUCUGAUUCAGAACGGUGAAUUGUUGCAAUAAACAGAGCAAAAGGGAAAAUCGAAAUGCGGAACAAUGUUGUAGAGCAAUGGAAGAAGAAGCUAUAUGGGUUUCAAUGAACAAAUAAGAGUGGGAAAAGCAUUUGUUUUUUUCUGAAUCUGAAUUUUGAAUCAGUUUCAGGUAGCUCAAUAAGAAUAAAUUUGAAGUUGAAGUGGGUAACUUCAAGUUUUCUUUUUAAGCAGCAGGUGGCAUUUUAAGUCUGUUUUAAGUGAAUUAUUGGGGAUUGGAGUUUGUUGAAUUGGGAAUAAAGCCAAGGGUUUACUUCGAAUUUCAGUGGAAAACUUGAGUUUUUGGCUUGUUGUUGGUGGAAUAUAUGUAUUGACGGAGAUGCAACCGCCACACCAGCAUUCCCGGAUUAAUCUUUCUGAAUUGAAAGCUCAGAUAGUGAAGAAACUUGGACCAGAGGGUUCAAAGCAGUACUUUCAUUACUUAAGUAGGCUAUUGAGCUUGAAGCUAAGCAAGGCUGAGUUCAAUAAGCUUUGUUUUAGGAUCUUGGGGAGAGAAAACAUUCCGUUGCAUAAUCAGUUCAUUCGUUCUAUUCUGAGAAAUGCUUGUAGUGCAAAAGUUCCUCCACCAAUUAAUGAAGGUGGUAUAGUGAAGCCUGGUGUAGCGGUUGGAAGUAAAGAGCCCUUAGAUGAUGCUUAUGACCAAAAUGGAGUGCAUGUUUCCUCAAACCAGGCUUCAGGUCAACCAGGUUUGUCCAAUGGUGCCGUGUUGCCAUUAUCUCCUCGGAAGGCCAGGACAGGAUAUCGUGAUCGUAGGUCUGGGGAUCGUCGUAGUGUGCUUGGAUCAAAUGGGAAGAAUAGUUUUACUUUUCAACAAGCAACUAUGAUGGAAUCGAGUGAUUUCGAAAUUACUAAGGAAAAUGGGGAUUUGAAUCCACCUAAUGUCAAGGGAGUGGUGCAUCAUCAUCAAGGAAUCAUGCAGCAAACAGAUGAUGAAAGGCAGGGAUUCAAUCAAGAAACUGCCAAAUUUUCUGUUAUGAAGAGAUCACUGCAAAAUUCAGUAUUUUUACAGAACAAUAAAGACAAAACUAGAGAUGAUGGAAAAGAGAUGCAUGCUAGGAGUCAACUCCAAGCUCCCCUUGGGGUUCCAUUUUGCCCCGUUAGUGUAGGUGGAGCACAUAGAUCAGUACCUUUAGCAGCAAGUAGUAGAUGUGUUAGCUCUUCUAGUUUUCGUGCCUUGUUGAACAGUGUAACUCUGAGGGAACGCAUGGAGCAGAUUUCUGCAGAACAGGGCCUUGAUGGGGUGGCCACGGAUUGUGCCAAUCUGUUGAACAAUGGUUUGGAUUCUUACUUAAAAGGUUUAAUCAAAUCUUGUCUCCAACUUGUGGGAGCAAGGUCAGGGCAUGAACCUACAACAAACAAUACCAAGAAGCAGCAGACUUAUAUGAAGCUCGUUAAUGGUCUCAGACCAGGUCAUCAUUUACAGAUGAAUGGUAGUAGAUCGUCAGAAGCUGUGCACGAGCAUGCUCCUGCUAACCAGGUAUCAUUGCAAGAUUUUAGGGUUGCCAUGGAGCUGAACCCCCGCCAACUUGGUGAAGACUGGCCACUGUUGCUGGAGAAAUUAACACAUGCAGUUGAGGAAUAAGACAUGUGCACUUUGCUGUCUUCAGGUCAAGCUUUUACCAGUCCCAACUGGAUCAGAGGGCACAGUUCUUUCCAAGUUUUGUGCAGUCACUCUGCUACAGUUUUCUUAAUGGCCUUUUGAUCCAGUAAACAGCUGUUGAGGUCAAAUUUGUCUCUUUCAAGGUGAUAAGGACAAGAUCCAGGAAUCUUUAUUUGACCUGCUGCAGGGCCUUAAUUUUGGCCAGAGGCAUCCCAUUCGUUAGCAACUACUGGAAGGGACUUGAAAAAAGAAUGCCCCUGUUGGUUGCACUGUUGUAUCAUUAGCAUAAUUCUCUCUGGGUAUCUGCAUUCUCCUGUAAUUUAUGGUCAAUGAGCAAAUUUAGAACAGUUUUGCAGGAAUAAAUGUGUAGCCUAGUACUUCAGCUGAAAGGUGAAACUGAAUGAUGCACUAGCUGAAUGUGUAUGUAUCUUCAACAUCAAAAUUGAUUGAAACCUCAACAUUAACAA